AAAUUCUUAAGAAGUCAUUUGCUCCACAAUUAAAUAAAGGAGAAACAAAACAACAAUAUCAUGAUCUAAUUUAUAGUCAUGAUUCUGAUAAUAAUAAUGAGAAAAUUAUAGAUAAUUCAAGUUCAGUUAGUGAGGAUGAUUAUAUACCAAGUUGUGAAACUCGGCAACAUUGGCA